AUGGCUAGUUUUGAUGAUAACGCUGCCCGAGCUAAACGGAGAAAGAUUGAUGACGAUGCCUCCGCCGCUGUAACUACUGAAAUUGCCUCCUACCAGCAAUUAAGAGACAUUCUGAGGUUCCAGCAGUGCAUAUCACAGGAAACGAAGCAGGGGAUCCGUCAAUUUAAAGAUUUCUUGUCGUCCAUUCAGGGGGAUAUCUCAGAGGCUGAAAAGUCAAAAAAACUUCAAGUCUUACGAAAAUAUUGCGCUUCUCAAUAUGUUAAAAGAGGAGACGAAACACCACCGAUUUGCUUCACUGAUCUUGUUAGCAUUUGGAAUUUUGCAGAGAGCAACAACGAGGAAUCAACACUUUCUCUGAUACCCUCAGUUCUUGCAUCCUUCCUGAAAACCGUUUCCUCCCAGCUUGAGUUCAGAGAAUUUGCGACUGAGCUUAGUAAAUACUUGCUAUCCGGGGAUAAUAUCAAGCUCUUUAACCGAGGCCUUACUGCAAGCAAAUCAAAAGAGCAUCUGAUAUCGCCUUGCCUUAGGCUUCUGACUGAGAUCGUGGGUUUCGACGGUGGUGCAGUUGCAAAGGUCGUCUAUGCCAAACGAGAUAUCACGCUGAAACGGCUCGAUGUAUUCCUUACCACCCGUAAGCUACAGGCGGGAGAAGCAGCCAUGGAUCGACGUAAGCCCACGCUUCGCAGGAUUGCCCAGCGCUACUUACUUGCGAAUUUAAGAUAUCAAAGCCCCGCGGCUAAAGCUGAGCUUUUGGGACAAGGGAAACUUGUGAAAGCAUUUAUUGAAGACAUCAAGAAAGACUCCGGGGACAUAGUGGUGGAUAUUAUCAAGACACUGGAUAAGUUCGUUGUUUCGGAUACUGUCCUCUCGCGCAGUAUCAAGAGCCGCCUCCUAGGUCGGUGGAACCUUGAAAGACUCGUAACUCUCUAUGGAUACGAAAAGGACUCUGAGGAAAUAAUGCCGGAGGACGUGUCUGUUUCUGAUGAAGCCCACAAGUUUUUACUCCAGGUUUGCACAAACGUCGACAAGGGUGUCCUCUUGUCAGAUAAUGGUUGGUACUCGUCAGGCAACAGUACCGAACAGUUCGUCAAUGAUGAUGAAGCUAUCUCUCUUGGUCUUGAUGCACCAAAUCACUUCGACAAAUUCAACAAGACAGUACCAAUCCGUAACGGAAAUCUUUCAGCUUUGAUUCAGUUUCUUCGCCCGGAAUCGGACACCCGACAGAUGCAGUUACUUCUGAAAAUUUUCCGAGCUGCCCCUGAACUUGUCUAUGAUUAUUUUUCGAAAUGCAACUUGUUUAAUUCUGACCCAAAGCCGACACAGGCAUGGCUCGGAGAGUCUGCGUUUUUAUUUUCUACUAUCCAACUGCCUGUGCCUCAGAAAUGCGGUUUUAGAGAAGGUACACCUGCCAUACCUCCGCCGGUGUCCGUUGCUAUUGAGAGCAUCCUCCCACGCCCUCUUACGCAGAAGAUGUUGACCCGCUGUAUAAACCAGAACACUGAAAUUGUUACGUUAUUUGCAAUCAAGGCAACAACUGCGGCUCUUCGAAAGCUUCAAAAUGUGCUAAAAAUGUUUGACUCUAUGGGAGGUUCAAAUCCAGAACUCUGGAGUCAGGCAUCUAUAAAACUUAUGGAUGAGUUCACCACCAGGAGUCCUACGAUGAAAGAUACCAUUCUUGCUUUCCGCCAGGCCCCAAAGGAUGACUUGCAACAACGAGAUGCACUUUUAGAAUUGCUUUCCUUGUAUUACCAGGUUACUCCGACUGUAGCUUUCGAAGAAAAGUUCGACGUAUCAUUGGUCUUAGUUGAAGUCUUGAGCCAGCUGAAUAAUGACAACUUGCCUGAGGAAACCCGUCAACUAUUAUUCAGCCAGUUACAGCAUAUUUUAACAAUUUCAGAACAUUCGCCGGCUAUGCGCUGGUGGCAAAAGCCAGCACCACUGGUCUUGUCGGUAUUUACUUCAGUGCUUAAAGUCGCUGUGGAAAAGCGGGAGCAUGGCGCCCAAACUAAAAUGAACUCCCUUCUACAAGACGUCUUGAUACAGGAUUCAAUCUUGGCACAGCCCAGUUCUUUCGAAGCUCUGAUACUUAGCAUCCAGUCGACGGAUGAGAGUAUCUCCAUACCCUGGUCUUUCAUUGAUAACUGUCUCACACGACUUGCAAAACGGCCGGUCCCAUAUCUCGACCAAGUGAGCUCCCUACCUAGCAAGUCAUCGCUGAUAAGCCCAAUUUUGGUGGUGAUCAGAGAACAAUGGCCCUUCAUCGUGAAAGGACAAGAUGGCAUAAAUGAAAUUUCAAUAGCUACAUGGAUUUCUAAACUUUUAGGCUAUCUGAAGGCAUAUGGAGAGGAUAAGAAAGCGCUGAUUUCCGUCCGUGACACAAUUUUGGAUGAAACCGAGGUGAAAAAGAGCCGGUCGUUACUCAAAAAGGCCUUCGAUCGUGGUAUAGAAACAGACCGGCUUGCCGUGACUAAAAAGGAUACUCAAAUGGGCGAUACUGAGGUCCUUGCAGCGUCCUCAGCUACACAGGAAGUAAACUUGUCCGAAGUCUUCGGUCAAAUGCAGGCGACUGAUGAAACUAACCCUAGACUGCACAAAUGGGAAAGAGAAGACCUCGAACUAGCAAUAGACCAAGGGUAUAUCGGGGAUCUAAUACUCUGCGUCUGCUCUGAGCAUGAAGAAGUUCGCCGUCAAGCUAUGGCUGGUUUAACGCGCUUCAUGGCUAAACUCAAGGAAUCGUCAUUUGAAGAGCGCCAGCCAAUAUAUAUACUUAUUGGCGAAUUAAUGGAAACAGUGAAAGGGCUAGUUCUUAACACACCAGCACCAUUCAUUGUUGGAGAACUUGCCGUCCGCAUGCUAGUCAUUCUCACGAAUCCUAGCCACAAAUUGUACGGAAAGAUCAACACUUUCCUGAACAAGAGUCCUCAAUGGGAAGUGGGGAAGAUCCCCUCAUAUUGGAUUGACAAAAUACUCUACCACGAGCCAGAGAGCGAUGACGGCUACCAUGAAGAACUUGGUUGGUUGCUAGAUUUAUUUGUUAACGGACUUCGAUCCGAAUUGGACAUGGACAUAUAUCGACGAGCCGGCGUUUUCGAACGACUAUUCUCCCUCUACAGCUCUCCGGCAUUAACGGGAGGUCUGCGAAAGAAGAUCCUUCACUUGGUAUAUCGUGUUUGUGAAAUUGGGGGCAGUACUACACUGAUCACUCGAGCUGCUGCUCUCAGCUGGGUGCAAGGCCAGGCAGCGAUAUCCGAUGGCCACAGUAGCACCCUGCGAGCCCUCGCAACGGAGCUGUACAGAACCAGUUCUAGCGAAUGGGUUGAUCGCUGGAGUGGCUCUGCGUUGGCAGCGGCUGCUAUGUCGACAGGGGCUUUGAGCGUACAGCAGUCGACGUGCUGA